AUGAAACGACCAAUAACGACUAACAGUGGAAAUAAUGGUAGAAGUAGUUUGACCCGAAACUCUACAAUAAUCAACAAUAAUUCUUCGGGAAGCAUCAUGAAUACUUCUACAACUACAAAUUUUACCACUACUAGUAAUAGCGGAACGAAUAAUAGUAGUGGAACAAUAUAUUAUGCAAAUAAUAGCAAUAAUAACAAUCAGAAUAAUAGAAAUACAAUGAAUGGAAAUGGUACAACCUAUGCAAGGCCAACAUUCGGAAAUCCUGUGCCACCAAUGAUAAAUACCUCCAAUCAACAAGGCAAUUCUAAUAACGGAACAUCUGGUGCUUCUACAUUUGUUCCACCUGUGUUUCACAGGCCCAACCCAGCUCCAUCGAAUGCUUCAUCUAGUACUAGGCCUACUGGGACUGGGACAGCUACAACUCUAAAUGUUGAACGCCAGCAGUUCAUUCCACCAAAAAAUCAACAAUUUCAAAGACCUCAAUAUUCAACACCCACAAACACACAAAAACGAAUUAAUAAUAUUCCACACUCUGGACUUUCCACCCCAAAGUCUGGAAAAAAGCAGCCUUUGCAUUUGGUGAGCUGCCUAAGUCCUCCUUCAACUCAAUUUUCCACACCCAACAGAUCUACUCAAACACCAACCACACCUGUACAAACAACCUCAAAGCCUAAUCCAUCUUCUUCUUCGACUAAUACAUCUACUCUAUUUCCAUUUACUUCCAAUUCUAAUAAUUCUUUCAUUUCGAAUAAUAACAAUAGUUUUAACAAACCACCACAAACAACAUCUCAUGCUAGAUUUGUAAUACCAAAUAAUUAUAAACCUCAGGAACAAGUUUCUAGAUUGCAAUCUUCUACCAAUUUAUCAGAUUCACAAAAAGAAAAUGAGGAAAUUGAAAAAUUAAAAGCAGAAAUUGAAUUACUUAGAGGAAAUCUUAAUAAGAAAAAAUUGGAAAAUGAGGAAUUAGUGAGUGCCAAAAAAGAAAUUGAGGAACAGCUACUUGCAGUACAAUCCAAGAUGGAAGAAAAUCAACAGGAAAAUAGUGGAAUGCUUGAUGAGGAUGAUGACUUUUUACUUGCUGUAUUGGAUGAUAUCGAUGAUGAGAAAACGAAAGAUGAUAAGUCAACCGAGGAAGCCUCACAAAAUUCUCAAAAAAAGGAGACUGAAACAGAAGUCCCAACUGAGGAAAAGAUUGAUAAAACAGAUGAGAAGAUUAUUCCACUUAUACCCGAAACAGCACCAAAGAAGAUAUCUAAAAAAAGAGUUAAAUGGAAAAAUAAGAAUAUAGCAGAUCUCCAAAAAGAUCCUGAUCUUCACAAAGCCCUUUACAAACUAUUAGUAUAUAAGGGAAACAGCGAUAUCAAUCCAAUGGAUCCAAUGGAUACAGAUGAGCUAAUUAAUGAACCACUUUCGGGUAAAUUAUGGAAGGCUCACAGAACUAUUUCAAAUGAUCAAUCUAAAAUGUAUUCACUUCUGCCAAUUUUGAAUUCCUAUCUUAAACAAGCUAAAGAAGAGCAAGACAUUGAAUUAUUCACAUGCACACUGGAAACCAUUUUAAAAUUAGUAUUAGAAAGUGAAAUGUUUAGAAUUGCUUUUAUUGAAUCGUUCUCAGAAAGCAUUACAGAACUAAAGAGAAAAAAGACUAUCCAAGAAAAUGGCUAUGCCCAACACCCUUUAUUCUCUAGCACAACCAUUAUCAUUCCAGAUGGAAAGAAAAGUUCUGUUAAAGGCAAGCUUAGAGAAAAGAGAAAGUAUCUACAUAACUAUUUAAAUGAUGUAGCAUACCAACCCGAUUAUAUAUUCGAUUCUAAUAUGGAUUCUAUAUUAUUUAACCCUGAAGAGGUUCCAUUAAUUCGUAAUGAAGUAUCUGAAACAGAUCUUCUUUCAGAUUUAUUAGGCUAUUUCGCUGGUCUUCCAGAUUAUUUCAAUCAAAGGCAGGUAGAUAUUCUUUGUACGAUAUUGGACAUUGUUAAAACUCUUGCCAUAUGGUCUCCUGAAUCAGCCCUGGCGAAAUUUAAUAAUUUGAUUGAAAAUAGUUUGAUGAAACAACCAAUCACUAUCAAAACCAUUUUCUCAAAUAAUAAUGUUGAACUGAUUCAAAAAUCCUUAGAAGUCCUUACAAUUCUCGUAAAAUCAGAAACCAUCAGAUCAUCAUUGCAGAGUAAUAAUAUUCUUACUAGAGUUUCAGCAUUCUUGAAUGUUGAAGUAGGAACUACAGAAGAAAUGUUACAGUGUAGAAGAAUGAUUUUAAGACUAUUCCACUAUUUAGCGUUCCUAUGCCCUGAUGGAAUAUCUUUGUUGAAAGAAAAGCACAACAACAAUAAUAUUGUGUUUGACGCCAUGAUUCUUCUGCUCAGAAAAGAGCUAGAAAACAUUGCUUUAUUAGAAGAUUUUUCUAACGAAAGUGAAAGAAUUUAUCUGAUUAGAGACAUUAUUGUUCUCUUCAAUCAUAUUUCUCGGUUGAAUAGUCCAAUACCCUAUGUUUCGCCAUCUCUUAGGUUAGACUAUAUUUAUGCCAAGACUACGAUAUCAAUUAUUCGAGAAAAGUCAAAUUUCAAGGAGAAGUUCCAAUUAGAUGAAAUGAAAUAA